AUGGAGACUAAAAUAAUUGUCACUGUCAUUGGGCAUUGUAACUCUUUGAGUGAGGAUUUCAAGGAGGAAUUUGUAUCCUUUUUGAAGUCUAUACCAGAGGUUCAAGUCGAGUCCAAAAUUGAAUUGGCAACCCGGGCUCAAGAUUAUUUCCUAGAUUCGACCCUGGACGUUGCAUCUCUGCGGCAGAAGGUUGCCCUAUUUAACUGUCAAGCCGUGGAUAUUGUGGUUCAAGAAAACACCAAGUUUCGCAAACAAAAGGGACUUGUCGUUUUUGAUAUGGACUCGACGCUAAUCUACCAGGAGGUCAUCGAACUUAUCGCAGCCUAUGCGCAGGUAGAAGAUCUCGUGGCUGAGAUUACGGAGCGUGCGAUGAACAACGAGCUAGAUUUUAAGCAAUCGCUUGCAGAACGUGUCAAGCUGCUGAAGGGCAUCAAGACGGCCACGUUGUAUGACGACAUCAAGUCCAAGUUGCGGGUCACCGAGGGCGUCCCAGAGUUAUGUCGUGGUCUCAAGAAAAGUGGAUGUAAGCUAGCCGUGCUAAGUGGUGGGUUCGCGCCCUUCGCCAACCACAUGCGGGACACCUUGGAGUUGGAUUACUCGCGGGCCAACGUGCUGGCCACGGAAAAUGACCCCCAAUCGGGGCUGGAGGUGCUGAGCGGCAGGACUGUGGGCGACAUUGUAGAUGGGGAAUGUAAGGCCGAGACACUGCUGGCCCUGGCCAAGCAAUACGAUGUUCCAGUCGAGUCUACCGUUAUGGUUGGCGAUGGAGGAAACGACUUGCCCGCUAUGGCGGUUGCUGGGCUCGGAAUCGCCUGGAACGCCAAACCCAAAGUGCAGAAGGCGGCUUCCUCCAAGCUUAACACCAAGUCGCUUCGCGACGCUUUUUAUAUAUUUGGUUACACCGAUGCUGAGAUUGCCGAGCUCUUGGUAUAA